UUUUGAUGCAGUGAUUCCGACAUGAGCCGUGUACCGUUCUUUCACCUUAAUCAUGUUGUUAAUAUAAAUUUGCGUGUUAUAUCUUGUCUGAAUUGUUUUUUAAAAUUAUUAUGUAGUUGAAAAGUUUUUAGGUGCUAUUAUUAGAAACUUUGUAAUUUUUAUUUAUAUUUUGUACAGUUGAAAUUUGUAAAUUUUGGUGCUUUUUAAAAAUGUCUCUUAGGCCAAAAAAUGUUGAUUUUAAUGCAACCUGGGCGCAGCUCCAUCAAACAGUCGAGGGUGUGAUCACUCUUGGAAAUAUAGAUCGGCAUGAAUGGAAUGACCGAUUCAGUGAUGUGUAUGCAUUAUGCGUGGCAUUUCCUGAGCCUUUAGCAGACAAGUUGUAUUCAGAAACCAAAAAGUAUAUUGAAGGUCAUGUCAAAAAACUUCACAAAGCUGUUAUAGCAUGCUCUGAAGAGCUGCUUGUAGCGUAUCACCAAAAUUGGACUCAAUUUAGCCAAGGAAUCAAUUACCUAAAUAAGUUAUAUAUGUAUUUAAAUACACAGCAUAUCAAAAAACAAAAGUUCAAUGAAGCAGACCUGCAAUAUGGAAGGAAUGAGUCUGGAGAUACUAUGAUGGAAGUUGGAGAGUUAGGCUUAGAAAUAUGGAAAAAGAACAUGAUAGAACCAUUGCAAAGCAAAUUGGUGCAUUUACUUCUAGAGGGUAUCCAGCUUGAUCGUCGCGGUGUUUGCCCAAAUCAGUCUGUCUUUCAUGGUGUUAUCCAGUCAUUUGUUCAAGUUGAAGAAUACAAAAAGAAUGACAAUUUAGAAUUUAUUUAUUUUCAGCUAUAUCGGCAGAUUUUUGAAACUCCUUUUCUAAGGGCUACUGGAGAAUAUUAUAAGUUAGAAGCUAGUCGCUUACUUCAAGAAAAUGAUUGCUCACAAUACAUGGAAAAGGUUCUCCAAAAGUUGGAUGAAGAAGACUUUCGAAGUCGCAAAUAUUUGCAUCCUAGCUCAUACGGUAGAGUGACACAAGAAUGUGAACAACGCAUGGUAGCAGAUCAUCUCCAAUUCCUGCAUGGGGAAUGCAAGAGAAUGGUUCAGGAGGAAAAUAGAAAAGAUCUGCAACAUUUGUACCUCUUGUUGAAAUCAAUCCCUAGUGCAUCUGAGGCUCUAAUACUGGAAUUGCAACAGCAUAUUACUAAAAUUGGAUUAGAAGCAAUUAAUGUUCUCCGGGGAGACAAUGUGAGUAUUGUUCCACAAGCAUUUGUAGAGAGUCUCCUUGCAGUCCAUGAUAAAUUUAGUAACUUGAUCAAGACCGUGUUUUCUGGUGAUCAGCAGUUUGUUGGAGCUCUAGACAAAGCUUGCUCUGCUGUUAUUAAUCACAAAGGAAAUCCCAAACUUACUUGUCGGUCACCAGAAUUGUUGGCUAAAUAUUGUGACUCGUUACUGAAGAAAAAUGCCAAAACAUGUACCGAAAAUGAAGUAGAAAAUAAACUAACCCAGUCAAUAACCAUUUUUAAAUAUAUUGACGACAAGGAUGUUUUUCAAAAGUUUUAUUCCAGAAUGUUGGCAAAAAGACUCAUAUAUAAUCAAUCCAUGUCAAUGGAUGCCGAAGAAGCAAUGAUAAAUAAAUUAAAGCAAGCUUGUGGGUAUGAAUUCACGAGUAAACUUCAUCGAAUGUUUACUGAUGUUAGUGUUAGUACUGAUCUCAACGGUCGCUUCAUGCAGUAUCUCAGAGAUAACACAAUAGACCUUGGAAUUAACUUUUCUAUAUCGGUCCUGCAGGCUGGUGCCUGGCCUUUGGGACAGACUGCCAUUUCGACGUUUGCCAUCCCUCAAGAACUUGAGAAAAGUGUUCAGCAGUUCGAAUCCUUUUACAGCAGUAGAUUCAGUGGACGUAAAUUAACCUGGUUGCAUCACUUGUGCAAUGCUGAACUGAAAUUAUGUUAUUUGAAGAAAUCUUACAUUGUGACAAUGAGCACUUACCAGAUGGCAAUUCUUUUGUUGUAUGAAAAAGCUGAUGUUUUGACAUAUGCAGAAAUUUUAGAAAAUACGAAAUUAAGUGAUGAGCAACUGUCGAAACAGAUCCAGAGCUUGUUGGAAUCGAAACUUCUUUCAGCUGUUGAUAGCGAAAAACCUAUUGAAGGAGACAGUACUUACAGUCUGAAUAAAGACUACACAAAUAAAAGGACAAAAUUUAAGCUGACAGCUGUCAUCCAGAAAGAAACUACUCAGCAAGAAGUAGAACAGACGCAUGUGUCUGUGGAUGAAGACAGAAAGCUAUACUUGCAGGCAGCCAUAGUGCGCAUUAUGAAAGCGAGAAAAGUACUAAGACAUAACACUUUGAUACAGGAGGUUAUCAACCAAGCUAAGAAUCGUUUUGUGCCCAAUGUUUCUAUGAUUAAGAAGUGCAUUGAAGCUUUAAUAGACAAGCAAUAUAUUGAAAGGACUCCUAAUUACCCAGAUGAAUACAGCUAUGUUGCUUAAAAGAAUUUUCAAAACUGAACCUAUAUGAAAAUGACAACUGCCCCAGACUUGUACAUUAACUUCCUGUGUAUUCUGUUUUACUAUGUGAUCGUUAAAAAAAAAAAAAAGUUUCUUUUCUUUGCUGUGCACAAUAAAUUGUAAAAGACAAGUAGGCUGUAUUUGUAACAUUUCACAUGAAUGUAUGUAAAGUUGAUGUAUAUACCAUGAAUUUCAUUGCAUUUGGAUCAUCAUGAAGAAAAUUUGAAUGAUUGAAGAAUUUCAUUUUAAUGAAAAUUGGAAAGUUACAAGUUUUUGUCCAGUCAGUCAACUUCAACUGGACUGUGGUGGAUGAAGAAAUGUCUUGUGUGAUAUAUUAGCUACGUUUUCCAUCAGAAGUCCUAUUUUUAUAGGGAAACUGAAUAUAUUGUUGGAUAUGUAGUAGUAACAAUUUGCAUUUCGAGGAUAUAUGCAUAUUAUGAAAUUUGGAAAGAAUUUUUCGAAAGAAUGCAUAAGUUUUAUUUCUGCUCAUUAUUAUUUUUGAGCAAUGGUUACCUUAAAUGUUUCACCAGGAUCAAGUUUUCUCCGCUCCAUUCAGGAGAAAUAAUAGAUUAUUAAAAACAAAUGUGUAAACUGUGUAAUCCGAAAUCCUGCUCCUUGUUGAAUUUUCUGUGAAUGCAUAUGUCUUGAUGUUUUGGCAUGAAACUAUGUUCUGCAGCAUAUAAUAAAUUUAUUAAUUUUUAUUUCUA